GAACGAGAUUGGGGUUAGGGUUUCCUUCCUUCCGAAGUUCUAACCUCGGAGUCACUUAAAUUAUCUCUCAAAACUGAUCGUCCACGAUGCGCAAUCUAGUGCCAACUGCCAUCAAAGUUUCAACUUUAGAACCGGCCUACAAUGAACAAAUCUCCGAUUCUGCCUCUAGUGACUGUGUCCAGGAAUCUAUCGUCGCCGCUGCCUUUGACGUUGACAGAGGAUUAAUUUUUGCCGCAUCGGAGGAUGCGCAGUUCGGCGUGCGCAUAUGGAGGACUCCCGUCGAUCCCUGCGAAUGGAAUGCGCCUAUUUUGUGUGGCUCAUUUGCCUCCGUCGAUCCGAAAGUUCUGUCUCUCCGAGUUAUAGGCGAAUCUGCACAACUCGUCUUGGUGACAAGGAGUGGGGAUACAGUUACAUGGCAGUUGGAUGACUCUGGGGAACUCAUUAGCGGUCCAGAUGUUGUAGGAAGUGUUGAUUCAGGUAUAUUGUCUGUUGAAUGGAGUCCUGAUGACACACUUCUUGUGAUGAUUACUGGCGACGAAAAUCUUAUUCUUAUGACCUCCACAUUCGAUGUCCUAUCCGAAGCACCCUUGGAUACUGAAGAUUUUGGCGAAGAUGCUCCAAUAAACGUUGGUUGGGGUGCAAAGGAAACACAAUUCCAUGGCUCGAUAGGAAGAGCACAUCUCAAACCCUCGACACAGUCUCCAACUCAAAUACAAGAAGAUCCUAGCGAUGAUGGCCUCCCUCGGGUCAGUUGGCGCGGCGAUGGAGCUUAUUUUGUGGUGUCUUCUCUAGCCAGGCAAACUCCUCAGUCUGGCAAAGAACGAAUUUUACGAGUUUAUUCAAACGAAGCCCGACUUCAGUCUACCGCAGAGAAUGUUGCAGGUCUGGAACCGAGUCUAUCCUGGAGACCAAGUGGCAAUCUUAUUGCAUCUACGCAAAAAGACAUUCGCAUAGGACCAUCAGACACGCAGCGGACCGGAAAACAUGGGGUCGUUUUCUUUGAGCGUAAUGGAUUACCGCAUGGGGGGUUUAAUCUGCGAGGGGACGAUCGAGACUCCCGUAUCAAACAUCUUGCAUGGUCAUCAGACUCAAAUGUGCUUGCCGUUCAUAUUGAACGGGAACAUGGUGAUGUCGUACAAUUAUGGACCACCGGAAACUAUCAUUGGUAUCUCAAGCAAGAGAUCUCGGCACCAGUAUCUACCCACUUUACGUCUGUCACUUGGCAUCCUGAAGUGAGCAUGCGACUUCUUUUGACAUCGCCGCUUCGAAUAAUACAGCAUGAUUAUGCAUGGGAGACAUGUGCUGGAGCCAAUGAUACUGGCUGUGUCGGGGUCAUUGAUGGUCAGAAAAUUUUGCUUACACCAUUCCGUACGCAAAAUAUACCUCCGCCUCUGUCAUCGCAUCAGCUGCUAGUGAAUACUCCAACUGAUGCAUCAUGCGGAAGCCUGUUUCUGUCCCAGGUACCACCUCACAUAUCGCUCUCGCAAUCACAUGACCUUCUCGCUGCAGUAUGGCAAGAAGGACACGUAAUGAUGUGGGCAUUGCAAACACGAAUCACGCCAGGCGGGGCGGCUAUGAACCCAAUUCUUAUCUGGUCAGCCAAUUUGCCGCGGGAACUCUGUCAUUGUCGUCAAGUCAUUGUUUCGUCCGAGAAUGAUGAUGACGAACAUAGGACUAUCUCGGCUGCGAUACUCGGAUCUGACGUCAGUGGGAACGACCGAAUCGUAAUUCAUGACUUUGAGCAUGUCAUUUUGCCGUUGAAGUCAAUUUUGCCGACAAGAUCAAGGACAAUAUCGCUACAGCAAAAAAAUGGACGUCUUGUUCCGCACGAUGUUCCUGGACAUCUUGCUUGGCAGGCACCUGACGGCUCUAUGCUCCAAGUUCAUAGGGAAGAAGAAUCGUAUUCACAAAUUUGCUCUUUCACAGAGUACUGCCCCUCCUCCCAACGCGUCGGCGCCCAGCUUUUUGUGGGUUUGUCUACAGGAGGCAAGGUCUAUAUUGCAAUUCCGAAUGCAGAAUCGACAUCACUAGCCAGCAAUGUGAACUCUUUUACUGUUGCUUCCGGAUUCGUGAUUUUCACCACUACCUCACAUGACGUGCAAUUCGCGCCUCUAGAGAAUGUGGUUGCAAUCUUGACUUCAGGUCAGGGAAAUGGUAUGCUCUCACCAAAUGGCGACGAAAAUAAAACGAGCGAGCUCGCGUCGCAAGCUUGGCAAAAACGACGGGUUGAAAGAGGCUCAAGAAUCGUCACAGCGGUACCAAGUACAAUGAGCUUAGUACUUCAAAUGCCACGAGGGAAUCUCGAGACGAUUAAUCCGCGACCUAUGGUAAUGGAGGUCGUCAAAGGCGAUCUAGAUGCUGGACUGUGGCGAAAGGCUUUCAUGGCUUGUCGUAAACAUCGCAUUGACUUCAGCAUCAUCGUCGAGCAUAACCAAGAGGUUUUCAUGGCUGGUAUUCCAGCGUUUGUGGACCAGAUUGAAGACGUCGACUACAUAAAUUUGUUUUUGACAAGUGUAGGGCGAAGUCAACUCCCUGCAGAGGUCGUCGCCAAUGUUUGCGAUUCCGUGCGCCAAGAUUUAGAGGACAGGGAUUUGACGAAAUAUAUCAACUCCAUCCUUACUGCGUACGUUGUCAAGUCACCACCAGACCAUGAAGCUGGCCUGGCGUUGUUGCUCCGCUUGCGAGACGUCAACCCAAGCUUGGUCGAAGAGGCUGUCAAAUACAUCAUUUUCCUUGUUGAUGCAGAUCGACUAUUUGAUACAGCUCUAGGCAUGUAUGACUUCUCUCUUGUCCUUAUGGUCGCACAACACGCGCAAAAGGAUCCGAGAGAGUAUCUCCCGUUCCUUCGCGAGCUCAGGGCAUUGCCCAAGUAUUACCAGCACUUCAAAAUUGAUGAUCACCUCAAGAGGCGCGCGAAGGCUCUCCGCAGCUUGAGUCUCGCUGGUCCCGAGUACUUCCAGGAAGCUCUGGAUUACUUAGACAUACAUCAAUUACACGACGAGGCCCUAGCAAUUUGGCAAGGCACAGACAAGUAUACGGAUGUCUUGGGCAUCUAUGGCGCUUGGCUAUUUGAUCGGCACGAAUAUCAUCAAGCAGCUACAGUUUUCGUGGAAGCAUCCGAUGCAAGACGUGCUAUGAUAUCUUAUGAAAGGGCACUACAAUGGCAAGAACUCUUUGAGCUCUGUCUGAAAGAGCAGCUUGAUGGCGAUGCAAUCACGGAUAUUGCAUACCGCAUUGCCGAUGAACUCUUGUCAAAGAAGCGCUUCAGUGAAUCCGCACGGGUACUCCUUGAUUACGCCAAGGACAUCCGGCAGGCAAUACAUUCGCUUGCUCAGGGUAAUGAAUUCGCCGAAGCACGGAGGAUAAUCACCUUACAUGCCAAGCCCGAACUUGUAGAUCAACUGCUCCUUCCGUGUGCCUUGGAUUGUCGCGCACAGAUUGGUGAUGAUAUCAAUGAGAUGCGGGAACAACUUUGUAAACAAGUAGCUCGAUUGACAGAGCUCAGAAUCAAGAAGGUGGAAGAACCAGAUGCCUUCUAUAAUCUUGAUGAUCCGACCCUUCAUAAUGUCGACGUCAUGACGGAUGUAUCUAUGGCGCCCACUACUUUUACGCGGUACACAGUAGCGCCCUCAGCUACUUCGAAAGCUUCAAAGCGAAGUUCCAAAACGAAGCGCAAAAUGGAGCGUAAGCUAGGUUCUGGGAGAAAAGGAACUGUUGACGAAGAGGAGUAUAUACUCAAGUCGGUCACGAAGCUGGUAGAAAGAUGUGCCACUACUCAAGGAGAAAUCAAAAAAUUACUACCACAUCUCCUCCAGCUUUCCAAAGCUCACCGCGAAGAGGGUGUUGCUCUACAAGUGGAGUUUGAUCACCUGCAGUCUGAGCUGCGAGCGGCCAUCGAGGACAUUUGGAAGAAGCCUGACGAGCCAACGCCAGUGGAUUCUUGGGCUACAAGGAUGCAAGAGAGGGCGAAGGAACAGCUUGUCGAGCCAUUACAGCGGAUUCCCAGGCCAGAGAUGAGUACAUCAGAAUGGAGCUUGAAGCUUCUUCAGCAGAAGCUCACUGGUUGAAUGAUCAUGACACGGUCUUGGCGUUGGCAGUGUAAUAUAUCACACUCAAAAUAAAGUAACAAAAUCGUCUA